AUGCGGUCUGUGAAUGCUAGAAUGAGACGGAUGAAAAGCGCUCCAGAAGAAUGGCAACAAAAUCUGAAAGGUCUUUUCAAAAGAGUCAUUGUGGAUGAAGCUCACGAAGUAAGGAGAAAAGGCGUUUUAUCGGCAAUCGCUUUGCGCUGGCUUGAGGCACCGGCGCUCUUAUUACUUACAGCAACCCCUAUUUGGAACGGCCUCUCGGAUAUGCUUGGACUUCUCUAUCAAUUGGAGCCACCGGGGAACCCUUGGUCAAAAGAGUCACUAGAGAAGCUUGGUGUAUUCAGUAUUGAGCCAUGGCAUACCCCAGAUAGCAGCCAGGAAAACGACUGGGACGACUGUGGUGACGAAUGUGAUUAUGCUGAAUCUGAUGAUGAAAGCGAAACCGAAGACCUCAAAAAAUUCAUGAAAAGAUUUGAUCCCUGGGAAGUCUCAUCCGACAAACCCGCUUCUUGUCUUCGAUACACGUCGGAGUCUGUUAAAGAACAUAUACUUACAGGGGGCAUUUCCUCGGUUACUCAAUGUCAGAGAAUGAGAGAGGUCCUGAAAACAUGUAUGAUCAAGAGAUCAUAUGGAUCAGUAGUUGAUGGCCAGAUUGUGGGUAAAGCUCUGCCAGCUGUUCAAAAUAUAUCUGUCCACCUUGCGUUCACUCCUGAGGAACAAACGAUAUACGAAAGUAUAAGCCAUUGUGUGGAACAAAGUUCCAAGAGUCGACGGAAGAAGAACAAAGAUGGAAAUGAUGACAGUCCUGAUGAGAGUCAUGAUGACCCAGGCUUGCUAAGUGCCUCAAAGUUUCGAAGGCUUUGCCUGGUCACUUCUUGGACGGAGUUUGACCCUCUUGCCCCGUCAUAUACAGCAAAGAAGUUGAAGGAGCGUCGAAAAGAGAGGGUACUGUCUGCACACGCGAUCCUACAGGAUGUUUACAACGCAAAGAGACAAACUCCCUACCGCAUGGUAGAUUCACCCGAAACACUUCUUACUACCCAGAUAUAUCCACUUCCUUCACCAGAUGACCCCAAAGGGAUACUGACUAGCCACUGUCGCGGGUCGCCAAAACUACGAUAUCUACUACGGUUAGUGGCAGAGUUGGUUAUCUUACGCAAAGAAAAGCUAUUGAUAUUUGCCACCAUGCCGGCACAGGUCCUUUGGUUAGAGAGUGUCCUACAGCAUCUCGACCUCGAUGCCCAUUCGUAUAGGGCGGGUUUAAAGGUGGAAGACCGACAAAUCUUGACUGAUACGUUUCAUAAGUCUCCAAAUAAGUGUUAUAUUCUAAUAACGUCUUUUUGGGUGUGUUGCACAGGGCUAAAUCUGCAAGGUCAUUGCCGCAAUCUGGUAUUUUGGGACUCCGCUCCAAUUUCUGUUGAACAGCAAGCUUUAGGGAGGCUGAAAAGGGUCGGAGCAACAAAAACUAUUCGACUGUUUCGGCUGUACGUCGAAAACACCUUCAGCACCAGGCAGAACAUGAAAUAUAUCUACCAGGCAAUUCCGGGUCUUAUGGCUCAACUGAAUAUGGAAGUAUUUGGAAAUAAUCAUGACGAUGGUAAAAUUUGUUUGGGUGACUGGGUCAUUCAUGAGGGCCAGCUGGUUAAGGCUGAUGAUCCAUCGGUGGCUGGGCUUCAGUUAAAGGUUUUAGACGGUGGAGAGUUGCUCAUUUGCAUUCUGAAGGUACUGCAAGGGAAAAAAAUAGAGUACGAUUAA